AUAGGGAGAGUGAUAAAGUGAGGAGGAGGUUGCAUCUACGCGGAGCGCAUUCAUUUUUGUAUCUUCCCACGUCGCCGACGACCUGCUAGCGUGCGCACGGUAGCAACCGGCGCCUCUAAAAAAAGAAAGCCUAGUGCGCAUCCAGUUCCAGCCAUCAUACUAGUCUCUAGCUGGUUUGCACGAGAACCAAUCAAAGUUUUCCCUCCCCUAUUUGAGACAAAGCUUUCCUAGGUUUUUCUUUCUCUUCUUCGAUGGCCGCUCCACCUGCUAGGGCCCGAGCCGAUUACGAUUACUUGAUAAAGCUUCUCCUGAUCGGCGACAGCGGUGUGGGUAAGAGUUGCCUUCUAUUGCGUUUCUCGGAUGGGUCCUUUACCACCAGUUUCAUUACUACCAUUGGUAUUGAUUUUAAAAUAAGAACCAUUGAACUUGAUGGCAAACGGAUCAAGCUGCAAAUUUGGGAUACAGCUGGCCAGGAGCGGUUCAGGACAAUCACAACAGCUUAUUACCGUGGUGCCAUGGGUAUCUUGCUGGUUUAUGAUGUUACUGAUGAGUCUUCAUUCAACAACAUCAGGAACUGGAUUCGCAACAUUGAACAACAUGCUUCUGACAAUGUGAACAAGAUACUUGUGGGGAACAAGGCUGAUAUGGAUGAAAGCAAAAGGGCUGUGCCCACUUCAAAGGGCCAAGCGCUUGCUGAUGAGUAUGGCAUCAAGUUCUUUGAGACUAGUGCAAAGACAAACUUAAAUGUGGAGCAAGUUUUCUUUUCAAUAGCAAGGGAUAUAAAGCAAAGGCUUGCAGAAAGUGACUCAAGGGCUGAGCCCCAGACAAUAAGGAUUAAUCAAACGGACCAAGCGGCUGGAUCUGGUCAAACUCCUCAAAAAUCUACCUGCUGCGGUUAAGAGAAUUAUAGUAUGAUGACCGGAGAGGAGAGAGAGGGCAGGUCCUGACGGCGACACUAGUAGUGUGGCAAAAACUAAUUGUUUUACAAUAUUUGACGGGUGCUUGUAUUUUUCUCCUCAUCAUUCUUUUUACCUACUACUUGUUUUUAGAGUGUGAAAGGUAGUUUCUCACUUAUUUGAGGAAUUUAUGAUAUAACAGACAGUACUUGUUUUUCUCCCUUUUUUUUGUCUUUUUUUUCCCAUUUCCUUCCUUUUUUUUUCGGUUUGGGAUUAAAAACCCUAAUAUUGUUGCUGUCCUUAAAUCUUAAUGUAGAAAUAUAAAUAGAAGCAGCCUUUCUUUUCUCCUA